AUGAUACUGUUAGCGCUGCCCCGCCAGCGGCUAAGUAAAGAGGCGCACCGCUUCCGCAUGAUAGCCGCAAAGCCGUCGACUUGCGCCUCCGCAAACAUCCCGGAGUUUGCCCAAUCGAGUCAAUUAAAAUCACAUAAACGAUCCCAUACCGGUGAAAAACCAUAUCAAUGUGAAGUGUGUGAAAAAAAGUUUAACCUAUGGAGUGGAUUAAAAUUACAUAAACGAUCCCACACUGGCGAAAAACCAUAUCAAUGUGAAGUGUGUCAAAAAAAGUUUGCCCAAUCGAGUCAAUUAAAAUCACACAAACGAUCCCAUACCGGUGAAAAACCAUAUCAAUGUGAAGUGUGUGAAAAAAAGUUUAACCAAUGCAGUGGAUUAAAAUUACAUAAACGAUCCCACACUGGCGAAAAACCAUAUCAAUGUGAAGUAUGUCAAAAGCAAUUCAGCGACCCCAGUGUUGCAAAGAUUCAUAAACUAAUACACACUGGCGAAAAACCAUUUCAAUGUGAACUGUGUGAAAAAAGAUUCACUCAAUUGGGUCAUUAUCAAAAACAUAAACUAAUCCACACUGGCGAAAAACCGUAUCAAUGUGGACUGUGUGAAAAAAGGUUCACUAACUCGAAUUCUUUAAAACUUCACAAUCGUUUACACACUGGUGAGAAACCAUAUCAAUGUGACAUAUGUGAAAAAAAAUUCACUCAAUUGGGUAGUUUAAAAGCACAUAAACGACAUCACAUUGGCGAAUAACUAUAUCAGUGUGAAGUAUAUAAAGAACAAAUCAGAGACUUGAGCAUUGCUAUCAAGCUAAUACAGCGAGCAUUUUACAACAUUAAGGAAUAUUUUGAAUACGAUAGUUAUCAUAUUGUGUAACACAUAGCUUUUAAGUCACGAAACUAGUUAAUUUAGAUACUAACUUAAAUAGCUAUUAGUUCGAGGUAGUACCUAACCAAUUAGUUUAAGACAUAAUUUGCAUGUAGCUAGCAUAGGUAUUAAUUUAGUUAGUAUAGGUAUUAAGGGGCUACCUGUGGUUUUUAUCGAUUUUUGACAAGUUUUGAAUCGCAUCUCCUACAUUUGCAGUACAGAUUGAUUUAUAAGACAAACGGCUAUCGGUUCUUCAAUCUUUCAUCUCCAUUCUUGUCUACCGGAUUUUGAGAAAAAAUAAUACUUAUUUUUUUAUGAUUUUUUUUUAACAUUGUCUAAAAAACACUUAAUUCGAUUGCUGUGAAGGAUCUUACAUAUAUCAAAUCUACAUAUUUGGGUCGGUCUUUGUCGUCUCGGGAAACGUUACAACUAAUUAACACAAAAGUUAUGGCCAGAAAACCAGUUUUUGGCCUAAAAUUGUUCAAUUUGAUGUCAAAUAUCUCAAAGACUAUAAAUGCAAUAAAUGAAUUAUGAAUUAAGACAACGAACUUUGAAGUAAAUAUGGGAUACUAUAUUACUUAAAGCCGUUGCUGUUAAUAUGAUAAGCUACAAAAAACAUUUGAAAAUUAAGGGAUUUUGAUCGAAGGUCAUUGGCGUGGGGGAGCCCCUUAAGUAGAAUCUAAGUAAUCAUUGCACGCACAUGGCUGGGCAAUGUUCUCGUAUAAAUGUCAUCUUCUGGACAUAGUUUGUCAAUAAAGUGUUUCUAUUCUAUACAACAUAAACUGAUACGUACUGGCCCCUGUUUCACCAACGUGACAGGUGCGACGAAUUGUAAAAUCACUGUUGCUGACGUCACAGGCAUCCAUGGGCUAUGGUUACCGCUUACCAUCGGGCGGGCCGUAUUCCUGUUUGCCACCAUCAUUGUAUUAUUAAAAUAAACUUUAUGAUAUCGGAAAAAAACAGAUAUUUCUCUUGCUAAGUUUAUGACAAUUUAUGGUAGCUAAAAGUACAUCCGUUCGGUCCCAAUUUUGGGGUUUGCCAUAAGCCGCGCGUGGCGCUGUCGCCACCUAGCGGCCAUAUUUGUGCUGAUCGUAACAGACGCGCUUUGUUAGAGAGUGAGUCUUCUGUACUUAGUACUAUUAUUUAUUCUGUGGCAGUGGUUCUUCUUAAAGACUAAGAAUUUAUAUACAAAUGGUUUA